AUGGACGGGAUGCAGGCGUACGGAGCGGGGAAAGCCGGGGGAGCCUUCGACCCCGUCACCUUCCUCCAGCAGCCUCAGACCGUUCUCCGCAUCGUGUCUUGGCUCUUCUCCAUCGUGAUUUUCGGCUGCAUCGCCAACGAGGGCUACAUCAACCGCCCCCAGGAGGUGACGGAGUACUGCAUCUUCAACCGCAACCAGAACGCCUGUAACUACGGCGUGUUCAUGGGCUCCAUGGCCUUCCUGUGCUGCGUGGCCUUUCUGGCUCUGGACGUCUACUUCCCUCAGAUCAGCAGCGUCAAGGACCGCAAGAAGGCCGUGCUGGCGGAUAUCGGGGUGUCAGCCUUCUGGUCCUUCAUGUGGUUCGUGGGUUUCUGUUUCUUGGCCAACCAGUGGCAGGUGACAAAGCUGGAGGACAAUCCGCUGAGGGAAGGAGGCGACGCCGCCCGGGCAGCCAUCACCUUCUCCUUCUUCUCCAUCUUCACCUGGGGCGCCCAGGCACUCUUCUCUAUGGAGAGGUUCAAGAACGUGUCAUUCGAAGAGGAAUACACCAAACUGUUUCCCCCCCAGCCUCACCAGCCUUUUGUCUGACCCUGCUUCGCCCCCCUGCCUCUCUCUUUCCUUCCACCCGUCCAGAAGGUCACACACACACUCCUGUUCAGGGCAUACACUAACAUCGAGCACAGCGACAGGAAAGCUGCACUAUUACUCUUGCCAGUGAGAUUUUUUUUCCAGAAAUGUUCAGAAGUGCUGCCAUUUACAAGAGAGGUUAACUCUUCUUUAGAUUUGACUGUUUACAGCAGGGCAGGGCUUCCAGACACAUUCCAGUUCAGGAUCCACCUGCAGUGAUACUUUUGCGUCUCG